AUGACAUCAAGCACACUCAAGGACGAUCUCACGGUCCCGGGCACGACCGUCAUCCUCGACGAGCAGGCCGAGGCGAGCGGCACCAACAACUUUACGCUCGUCCCCACGCCCAGCGAUGACCCGGCCGACCCGCUCAACUGGACCACGGGGCGCAAGUGGCUCUGCUGCGCCUGCAUGGUGCUCUAUGUCAUGGCCGUGUGCUUCAACGCGGGCUGCCUGUACCCCAUCUACGGCCCGCUCGCCGACAAGACGGGCCUCACCCUCGACCAGAUCAACACGGGCGUCGGAUACUUCUACCUCAUCGAGGCCGUCUGCGCGCUCUUCGUGCUCCCCCUCACCAUUGCUAUCGGCAAGCGGCCAGUGUUCAUCGUCUCGUGCGCGUGCGCGGCCAUCUUCCCAUUCGUCCUCGGCACGGUGACGAGCAACGCCCAGUGGGUCGGCCUCUGCGUCGCCAACGGAUUCUUCCUCUCGCCGCUCUUCGUCGCCCCCGAGGCCGUCCUCUCUGACGUCUUCUUCUACCACGAGCGCGCGUUCCCAUUCGGCAUCUACAUUGCAACCACGUACGGUGGAGCGCUCCUCGCCCCCGUGCUCUCGGGUUGGAUCUACACGGGUAUGGGGUUCAACGGCCCACCCUACCUCACCGGUGGCUUCUGCAUCCUUGUGGCGAUCUUCCUCUUCAUCUUCCUCGAGGAGUCCAACUUUGACCGUGUGGCGCCAGAGCACGACAAGCCCGUCGAGGUCCUGACCACGGACGGUCUGGCCCCCGCCAAGUCGCCCUUUGUCUUCAACGACAAGGAUGUCACCACCACAGACGUCGUCGAGGCGGCUGACGCCCACACCCCCGACGAGGUCCUCAACCGCGACCACCUCAGCGGAGACAUCGACCGCCGCAAGUCGGUUGUCCACGCCGGCGCUCACUCGGUCGGCCGUAUCACCAGCCCAUGGCCCGGACCUCGCCCGUUCAAGGUCUUCCGCGUCUCGCCCUACGCUGGCGGCAUUCUGUGGCGCGGUGUCUUCCAGCCCCUCGCCAUGCUCCGGCUCCCCAUCAUCCUCUGGUGCGGCCUCAUGUUCGGAGUCUACCAGAUCUUCUACAACUGCAUGGCGGCGCUGUCUUCCGGUGUCCUCGGCGCUCCCCCCUAUAACAUGGGCCCCAACUUUGUUGGACUGACGUUCCUGUCGCCCCUCACAGCCAUCAUCCCUGGUGCCAUCGUCGCUGGCUACGUCUGUGAUCGCUUCACCGUAUCCCAGGCUCGCAAGCGUGGUGGUGUGUCCGAGGCUGAGGACAAGCUCAAGCUAUAUAUUGUUCCUACCAUCCUUACGCCAUUCGGUCUCCUCAUGAUGGGCCUCGGCCCUUACUACAACGCGCACUGGAUGGUCUUCGUCAUGGGCGAGUUUGUCCUUACCAUCGCUGGCCCCAUCGCCACUCUGCUCUCCAUUACCUACGCAUUCGACGCGUUCCACGGAAUCCACCCUCGCGAGCAGGUUGGGCCACGUGCUCAGGUUCAACAAGCUGCGCCUUACCUCCUUUCGCUGAUCCUCGUCGGAAUGAUCUGCACUUUCGGGUUUAACUACCUCAUCACGAAAUGGGCCUUUGAAUGGGGCUUUAGGAACUGGGCGAUUAGCGCAGUGUGCAUUGGAACGGCCAUCAACUGCACCUCGUUCCUCAUGAUCCGUUUCGGCAAAGGUUUCCGCAAGAGCGGCAUCAAAUACUACGAGAAGAUCAUCAACAUCUAA